UAACUUCCUCAGAAUUCUUGACAACACUGUCGAAUGAUUUAUCGUGGCUACUUGAAAAUGCCGAAAACUGCGAUGUUGUAUUACAGGCUGGACAAGAACCUAACGUUCGAAAAUUUCACGCACAUAUUGCUAUAUUGAGGGCAAGAUCAAAUUAUUUUAAAAGAGCUUUAGCCAAACAAUGGGUAAAGCAUGAGGAAGAUGGCUUAAGUAUAUUUCAAAAACCAAAUAUUUAUCCAGAAGUGUUUGAAGAGAUUUUAAAGUACAUAUACAAGGGUAAAAUUGAACUUGGAGGACAAGAUGGGCAAAAUCUUCUUAAUCUUUUAACAGCAGGAGAUGAAUUGAUGUUGGAUGAAUUUUGUAAUUACAUUCAGAAUUUUUUAAUUCAACAAAAAUUUGAAUGGCUUGAAGAGAAUCUUGUAGAGAUUCUUCCAGUAGAUUUAAAUGAAGAUAUAGUUAAAUAUCAUUUUAAACCAGGUAGCAUUCCACGAUCAAUAGUUCUUCCACCGCGAGAUCAAGGAAUGAAUUUGGAUUCAUUUAUUAUUAAACCUAUUCAUGCACGACUUAUUUGUGGAUGGAUAGAUGGAAAAAAUAUACUUGGACCAACAUAUGUUAAAGCGGCAUAUGAUUUUAAAUUAUUAGUUCGAGGGACACAUGAUGGGUUUGAUGCGACAACAUUUCAUUCUAGAUGUGAUCGUAAAGGACCAACAGUAGUUGUAUUAAAAUUGGAGGGAGUAGAUGAGAUACUUGGAGGAUAUAAUGCAGCAUAUUGGAGAACGGGGGCGGUUUACAUUCAAUCAGAUAAGAGUUUUAUAUUUUCACUGGGAGAUGGAAAAAAUUUACAAGAGGUUAAAUUGAGUAGGGUUCGCGAUUCGGCAACAUCAAUGUAUGGGCAUACAUCAUACGGACCACAUUUCGGAACAGCAGAUUUGAGGAUGUACUCGCCUUUUAAUAUUAAGGAAAAUUGUAGUUGUCAACAUGCGAGUUAUUAUAGAACUAUUACUGAACAUGUUAGAUUUGCAGCUGAGGAAUAUGAAGUUUUUCAG